AUGCGCUGGGGCGCUCGCGGGGUGGGGGUCGCCCUAGUAGGGGGCGGGGCAUUGGGUGGGGCCACGUUGUGGUAUGCCACCCGCGGCGGCGCAGCGGGAAACACCCCUCCGCCUCAACUUUCCGCAGAUGAGUUCAACGCGCUGCAGAAUGAGGCGCUUCUUGCAGAGGCCUUUGGGGCCAAACAUCUGCCUUGGAACCCGAGCCCCCAGGGGAGGCGAGGCGGCGGAAGCAGCCGCGAGGGCAGAGACUUCAGCCUGACCCUGUAUCGCCUCCUGGGGUGCCCGUACUGUGCGAAGGUGGAAUGGGUUCUCCGCUACCAUUCUGUGUCUUUUACGCCUGUGGACGUUGACACCCUCUCCGGCGCAGGGCUUCCGGAUCCCCGCUACAGCCUGGUGCCGCAAAUAAGCUUGGCGCCAAUCGCCGAUGCCGAGAGCAGCGCGCCAGCCGAUGCAAUGGGGGUUUGCCUUGUGGAUUCUCAACGUAUUAUUUCUGCCAUUUCCGUGCCGCUGGGGUUUUCGGAACAACUUAAGGAGCCGCGCGUUGUGGAGACGCGCCGAUGGAUCACGGAGCGUUUCCAGGCAGUGAGUUUCAUUGCGUCCAACAACACCUGGAGGAACGCAUUUGCCAGCUACCCCUAUGUAACACCACCACGCUAUCACAACAUCGUCUUUCGCAUCGUGGGGGCGUCUGCCCUGUGCGUUUUGUCGCGGUAUAAGAUUUUGCCUGGCCUUGUAGCGAAGGGAGCCGAUGCGCGCGACGGAUUGUCCGUGAAGGAUCCGGCUGCGUGGCUGGAGGGGGAGCUUGCCGCAUUCACCGCGCGGCUACCGGGCCGUCCCCCUCAGCGCUUUCACGGCGGCAAGGAACCCGACGUCGCCGAUGUGGAAAUGUAUGCCGUGACGCGCGUCCUGGAGGCCCACCCAAGGCUGAGGCACGUUCUCCACCAGGGGGCCUUCGGCGAAUGGAGCGCCGCGAUGGAGGACGAGAUGAGGAGGCGGAUGCAAUUGAAAGCCUGA